AUGGAGGAGGUUGUGCUCAUUCGUAAGGUUAGCACUAACUUGCCUGAGAUAGUGGAUAUGGUUAUGCCUACGGUUCUACUGGUUAUUAUCAUGAUCGCAUCCCACUUCCUUUAUUUCGCUCCAAUUCCAUGGCCUUUGAUUCGCUGGGCAGCUGCUUUGGUUUUGUGCAUCAUCUUUAUAGUUCGAGCCCACAUUCAGAACCGAUGGUUAGAAGGUGUGGUGUGGUGUGGGUGCCAUUUACCAACCUUGAUUUUAAAGAGUACUUUUUGCAAUUUAAAUAAGGAUGACAUUAAAAAAAUAUGUUUAGUGUAUGACUCCUUCUUGUCCGAGUUCCCCUUGUGCUAUGGAUACUGGAGGAAGUAUGCUGAUCAUAAGACACGAUUAUGCACUGUUGACAAGGUUGUUGAAAUCUUUGAACGAGCUGUCCAGUCAGCAACAUACUCUGUUGGUGUGUGGGUUGAUUACUGUACAUUCAGUAUGUCAGUUUUUGAGGAUUCCUCUGAUAUCCGUAGAUUGUUUCAGAGAGGUAUCUCCUUUGUUGGAAAAGAUUACAUGUGCCAUACGUUGUGGGACAAAUACAUUGAAUUUGAGCUUUCUCAACAGCAGUGGAGUUCCCUAACACACAUUUACACCAAAGCUCUACGAUUCCCAACCAAAAAGUUGCGUCAUUAUUAUAAUUGCUUUAAGAAGUUGGUUGCUUUUUGGGAAGAGGAGAUAAAGUGCCAGAGCAUUUCUGCCACUGAAAAAUUACAGAAAGAACCUGUGCUUGAAAGCAAAGAGCCAAUAUGUUUUAGGGAUGAUGAGAUUUCUUGUAUCAUCAAAGACCUGCUAGAUCCAUCUGCUGGAUUUGCUAGAUCUAAAGCACUGCAGAAAUAUCUGUCUGUGGGAGAAUGGUUCUAUAAAGAAGCACGCCACCAAUUAGAUGAUCAAAUUUGUCAUUUUGAAGCUAAUAUUCAUAGGUCUUAUUUCCAUGUCAGGCCACUAGAUUCGAGUCAAUUGGAGAAUUGGCAUAACUAUCUGGACUUUGUUGAGAUGCAUGGGGAUUUUGACUGGGCUGUUAAACUUUAUGAGGGAUGCUUGAUUCCAUGUGCUAAUUACCUGGAAUUUUGGAUGCAUUACGUGGAAUUUAUGGAAUCUAAGGGAGGAAGAGAAAUAACCAAUAAUGCUUUGGACCGAUCGACACUAAUUUUUCUGAAGAGAGUUCCAGUGGUCCAUCUUUUCAAAUCCAGGUUUAAGGAGCAAAUAGGAGAUGUGUGUGGGGCCUAGGCUGCUUUUCUUCAAUGCGAGGCAGAAUCUGGUCCCAACUUUGUGGAAAAUGUUAAAAUGAAAGCUAACAUGGAAAAGCAUAUGAUGUGUAAUCCUCUCUUUUAUCAUUCAAAAGGAAACUUGACUUUAUACUGUCUAUAUUUAGUUUAGUAAAUUACAUAUGCUUUUGUGUUCCAACACUACCAGGGAAAUCUUGAAGCAGCUUCCAAUGUAUACAAAGAAGCACUAGAAAUGGCUGCCAUGAAGAAAAUGACGCAUACUCUUUCCAUUUUAUAUGUGCAUUUUUCUUGGCUUAAA